AGAUAUGCUCUCUACUUCUGAAUAGCAAUCAUUUGCCACCAUGAACUGUGGAUUUUUCCUGAGCCUACUGGCAGCUGUCUGCCUACCUCACUUUGGGGUCACAGCCUCUACUGAGGUUCCUGGAAUAAGUACAGCAAAUGAAUUGACCACUACAGUGCCAGAGAUCAGUGAAAUUUCUACAACUCAGCCAAUCAAAAGUCAACAUACACCUACAUCAACAACACUGACAACACCUACAAUGCCCCUCAACGAGUCCAAUAUGUUUACUUCCACUGAGGUAAUAACAAAUUCCUCCAACAGCAAAGAGGACACCAUGGGCACCUCUGUACCAAAUGUAACUGGAGUCAACAGAGAAACAUCGGUGGCAAUGGAGGAAAUAACUGCAAUAUCCUCAUCAGAGGAAAGUCCAAAAAAUGCAACAGCUACAGAAAUGAAUACUGUUUCUCAGGAUCAUUCUAUGACUGCUGUUCAUGAAUCUGCUCAAACCAGUCCAUCACCUUACAUGUCAACAAACAAGUCAACGUCAGAAACAUCAUUGGAAAAUCAUGGCACUUCUCCAAUGGUUAGCAAUGAACAAUCAUCUUUUCUUGAGCCUGGCACUUCAACAGUGGUGCAUAAUGCUUCAGAACAGGUGAAUUCUUCAGCAGAGACAGUGACAGCAACACAGAUUCUCAUUGACUCAAAACAAAGUCUUUCAACCUCAACUGCAGCUCAGUCCAGCCAUCAGCUGACAAUUCAAGAAUUUAGUUCACCUGUACCAAAGUCAACUGCGAUAGUUACAGUAGUGUCUAGUGAUAUCUCUUCACCAUCAGUUGACGAAACUACCACAUCAUCAACCCUGGAAAAUAGCCAUACUGUGGACUCACCCACAAACAUAUUUGCAACUGCCACGCAAACCACACCUAAGCUCUCAGAGAUCACAGAUCAAAACACACCAACCAACAUUCCAGAUGCUUCACAAGCUGCUGCUUUUUCAGGAAGCACUCCUGUACUCCAAACUCCAGACGCAACACAGACAGAAGAGCCAAAUUUGAUCUCCAACAAAACUAGCACUAUAGCUUUCAACCUCACCACAGCAAUAUUUGAAGAGGAGAUGAAUUCAGUAAGUAUACCACCUGAAAAAGUGACUGAAAUGACCUCUAUGCUAAAGAAAACAACAAGUACAGGCAAGGCACAAACAACUUCCACCUCAAACCACAGAACAACUCUACAAACAACUUCCUUAGUAACAAACAACACAACAGCUUCAGAACAUAUGCCUUCCCCUGGAGAUGAAGUUAAUGUCACUGAAGGUCAGAAUUCAGAAUAUAUCAAAACCACUGAGAAACAAACAACACCCAUUACAACACACAAUUCUGCAUUAGCAAAUUCAGAAGUAACUCCAGGAGCAAAUGGUAAUAUUUUGUCUACAAUGUAUGUAAUCGCUGCUCCAAAUCAAGGCACACCCUUUGUAACAACUACAUCUGCAACAUUAUCAAGUACAACAGCAACAGAAACUACAUCUGUAGAGAAGGCAACCACCAAACCAUUGACAGAACCUAAAAGUUCUGAAACAACAAAAAGAACAACACUUAUGGUUUCAGAACUCCACACUUCACCAAUACAAAAUAUGGCAUCACUGACCAAAAUGUCUACUCCAAUAUCUGCAGCACCAACAACACUAUCUGCUGACAAAUCUGUUCAUACAAACAUUUCCUCAUCUGCACAGAAACAACUUACUGAACUCGCACCAUCAGUAUCUACCCCAACAUCACCCCAAUCAGUUACAAAAGCUACAAUGAACUCCACAACAAUAACACAAAGCAUACAUUUAAUAAACAAAUCAAAUAAUGUAACUCUGGACCCCAAAUCCAAAACAACCCAAGUCAUUACAGAGUCCAUUUUAACAUUAAAACAAAAUGUAUCUUCAGUAAAAGACACAACUGAGAGUUCACCUUUUUUAGUAACAUCAAUCACCACUGCAUCUCAAACUAUCACAUCUACAAUUACCGACACUAUAACUUCAAUACAAACUAAAGCAUCCAUAAGAACAGCAUCUACAGCCAUGGCGGCACAAUCCAUGGUAGCAUCAACCCAAGAAACACCCAAAAGUAAAGUGCCUACACCAAAUAACAGAACAUCAAUGCCAAUUACAGAAUGGACAGCAUCAACAACUCAAUCUAAAGCAACUCAAACAGAAACCUCCAAAAUCUCAGCACAACCAACACUGUCCAUCACAGCAGACAUUGAGAUGACUGUAGCAGCAGAAUCAACCACAACACCAUUAAAUAUCACAUCGACACUAACUAAAUCACCUGCAUUUGCUUCAACAGAAUCAGUCACAUUACAAAUGUCAAUAGCUGAACAGGUGACAACUUCUGGAUCAAAAACUGAUCACAGCACAGAACCAACACUAAGUGGACCAUCAUCAAUUCCAACGCAAACUACAAUGUCAAUAUCCAUAACAACCCAAACUCAAUCUAAUCCACCUUUAACAACACUAACAUCAACAAAAACUUCACCAUCUGUGGAAACUGCGUUACAGACUAUAUUUGGUAAAACACCUGUUGAAACACAACCCACCAGUAAAACACCACUAUUUACAGGGCAAACAGCAACCAAUGUGGGGAUAAGUAGCAAUGCAAUGACAAAAGACAGCACACCAUUUAGCAGAGAGUCAACAACUCUUCAAAAACAGGAAAUAGAAUCCUCAACAGUGCCUUUAGAGAAAUCUUUAGUGUCCACGACGACAUCAUCCCCAACAAUGCUAAAUCAACCCUCAGAAUCUGCAACUUUAUCACCCAUAACAUCGACCGAACACAUGACAACAGCUCCACUACAAACAGUAUCUUCUGUAAAAGAAGCACCAAAUAAAACAUCAACCAACACCCAUGUAUCUACAACAUAUUUUCCAAGAUUGACGAAAACUGAAGUAACCAUGUCAGAAACAACAACACUUAUGUCUACUUCUAAUAAACAAGAUGAAGAUUUUUCAUUAGCACUACAAUCAACUACAACCCCAUUACAAACGACUUCAACACAAACUAAUUUAUUUGUUCCGACACUGCCACAAACAACAAUAGAUGAAACAUCAGGAAACAGAUCAGCACAUGUCACAAAUGAAUCCUCACAUGUACAAAUGACAGAAUCAGUUAUAACACAAUCUUCAUCAACCGUGGUACCACCCACAACCACAAAACAAAGUGCAGGAUUCACAACAGUUCACAGCAUAACACCAUCCCUGAGUGGAUCAGAAAGUACAUCAACACAAACCACACCAUCUACGGCAACAGUAUUAAGAACACAAGAUGUGUCUGAAACCAAACCUGCACAAUCUUUUCCACCUACAAUGGAAUCAGCAGCAACAUCAACAAAAAAGGGGACAUCCGCAUUAGCAAGGCCAUCAUCAUCAUCAUCUUCAUCUUCAUCAUCAUCAUCUUCAUCAUCAUCAUCAUCAGCAACAGAACACCUCACAACUGCCAAACAGGAAUCAACAGCAAGUUACAGCUCAACACCAACUCAAAGUAAAUCGAUAGUUACACCAACAUUAACUUCACCAAACACAAACAUAGUGUUUACACCAAACAGUGUCUCCACAAUGGUAUCAAUACAGUCUGUUUCACCAAUGAUAAACUCUGCAACAACAUCAACACAAGCUACACAAUCUGUCUCAACACAGCAGCAAACUACAGAUAUGCAAACAACAAUAAACGGACCAGUGGUCCCAACACAGUCUUUUCCACCAAUGAUAGAAUCAGCAACAACAUCAACACAAAGUAUGCUGUCUGUCCCAACAAAGCAACAAACUUCUGAUGGGCAAACAGCAGUAAGAGGAACAACAGUAAUUGAAAACACACAAUUAACAUCUCAAGCACAAAGUAUAGCACAUGUCACAGAUUCACCAACACUUAAGUCAGCAUCAUUUUCAACAACACUGCCCACAGCCACAAAUGCACAAACUGCAAGAGUUAAAAGCUUAACACCAACAAACAGUGGACUAGACUCUAAACCAACAGUGAACAAUUUAACAACAGAAAUAAAAGGAUCUCUGGAAUCAAGUGCCACAGCAGCACCAACAGAGCUAUUUUCACCAACAAAGAAACCAGGAAUAGGAUCAACACAAAUUAUAACUGCAGCAGCAACAAUUCCAGAAACUACACCAUCUGACACGCCAAGUGUAUCAAGGACAAUCCAUACAACUCCAAUUCAAAGUACAACUUUUAAAGAAGAAAAAAAUGUACCAAUUCAUGCUACAGAAUUUGUCUCAACAACAGCCAAACUUACUACCACAUCAAAAGGAACACAAUUCACAGCCCAGAAGCCCACCACAGCUUACAGCUUAAUGAAAGCUACGCCAACAAACAUGUCAACUCCUGUGCCACCAGGCUCAUCCCCACCAUCUAGACUUGUGUCUCCAACCACUUCACCCAACUCCUUAACAUCAAUCUUUAAACCUGCAAAAGGAAUGACGGAUAAUGUCACAGAUACAAGUUCUCUUCAGCCCUUGCCCCUUUUUUCUGAGGAUGCAUCAACCACAAAUCCCACCAAAGCCAAAACAGCACAGCACCAAUUUGAUCAUACUUCUGGUCCCUUACUUGGAGAAACAACUGUUUUUUUCCAAUACAACCCAAAAGUGGCUGCUGUAAGGCCUCUUGUCUUUGAUUACCCAAUUGUUAUCCGGACCACAUUCCCUGUUUCUGAUGCCUUCAAUGAAGAGUAACCAGACCAGGACAACACAAGUGAGAUACCAACAUUGUCAUCAGAAGCGUGAAUUCUGAGCAGUAGCAAGGGAAUUAUUGCCUUCAGUCUUGGCACUCAUCAUCUACAACUACCUGUAGCUCGAUACUUCACAGGUUUAUUCAAAGAAUGCUGAAGUCAAAUGUGUGUUGACAAAGAUGGACUGCUCUGCUUUCUUAAGUAAGAUUCAAGUGACUGUUCCUAUCUUAUUGAGUUAUCAUCCAAAAGUAGUAUGUCAUGUUGAUGAUAAUGCUGAGGCUAUUCUAAAUGAAUAUUCUUUUUUUUUUCUUUUUUCUCUGCUGUCCAUUUCUUAUGUGCAGCAGAUAAACUUUAGCUCGGAAAUGUCUGCAGCAACAAAUAGACAUGUCAUUCAUCAACCAAUGUCAUGGAUGGCUAAAACAAGGAAUGUUAAAGUAAACCAGGCGAUGAGUCACACGUUUGUGGGGAUUAGGCCAGCUACAGCCCCAUUACUUAAUUUUUCCUGUGUCCUUUUCAAAGAUAAUCUUCAUAACCUACCUUAAAAAACAUACUAUUAAAAAACAUGCUGAUAACAAUGAUAAGAAUUUAAAGGCCUUUUUACAGGUGUAAUUAUUUUACUUUUUUUUGUUGCUAUGUCGUGUCUUUUUAAUUUUCUGCAAUGCAGGAAUUUCCUACUAUUAUUCAGACAUUGAGGUAUGAUAUGUUGGGGAACAAUCAGAUUUCUUAUCAGACAAAAUAAAACAUUUAAAUAAAGUUAAGCCAUGCAUUUUAUUCUCUCUGUUUUCCCUGUACCUAAACUAAUAAAUAUGUCCUUUACUUGGCAGAGCAAUGCCUUUUCCUGGGUCUUUCUGUAGUUUUGUAGAUCUUUACAGAUCUUAUCUGUAGAAUGAACUCCUAUUUAUAGUGGCUGUAAAUCAAAAUUAUUCUUAUUUUAAUAUUCUGAAACCAUUACCACCUUCAAUAAACUAUCCAUUUA